UUGCUGUAUCGAGAAGACGGGCCUCUCCCUUCCCGGACGGUGGAGUGGCUCAACAUGCGCAGCUGGUGCUCGGCCCACCUUCACCUCCGCUGCCCUCGCCGAGUCUUCUCCCGGCGGAGCCUGCCCAAACUGAAAGAAAUGUAUGAACGCGUCUUCCAGAAACCUGCAGACAGACACUCCGACUUCUCCCGGCUAGCUCGCGUCUUGACGGGGAAUGCCGUGGCUUUGGUCCUCGGAGGAGGUGGCGCACGAGGAUGUUCCCAAGUCGGGGUGAUCAGAGCGCUGAACGAGGCUGGAAUCCCCGUUGACAUGAUUGGCGGCACGUCCAUCGGCUCCUUCAUGGGCGCCCUGUACGCGGAAGAGCGAAGCUACACCCAGAUGCGGAUCAAAGCCCGGCAGUGGGCCAUGAAUAUGAACUCGGUGCUGAAAACGGUUCUGGAUUUGACCUACCCCAUCACCUCCAUGUUCUCCGGAGCCUCCUUCAACAACGGGGUCUGCAACAUCUUCAGAGAUAAGCAGAUCGAGGAUCUCUGGAUUCCUUUCUUCAUCAUCACCACAGACAUCACGGCCUCGGCUAUGAGGGUCCACACCGAUGGUUGCCUGUGGCGCUACAUCAGGGCCAGUAUGUCUCUCUCUGGUUACUUGCCCCCUCUCUGUGAUCCCAAAGACGGUCAUCUCCUAAUGGAUGGUGGUUACAUCAACAACCUGCCAGCGGACGUUGCACGCUCCAUGGGAGCCAAGAUCGUCAUUGCCAUCGACGUGGGCAGCCGAGACGAGACGGAUCUCACCAAUUACGGCGACGCUCUUUCCGGCUGGUGGCUGCUGUGGAAGCGGUGGAACCCGUUAGUGGAGAAAGUGAAGGUGCUGAACAUGGCCGAGAUCCAGACUCGGCUGGCCUACGUCUGUUGCGUCCGGCAGUUGGAGAUGGUCAAGAACAGCGACUAUUGCGAAUAUAUCCGUCCGCCUAUCGAUCGCUACGGGACGCUGGACUUUGGGAAAUUCGAUGAAAUCUGUGAAGUCGGCUACCAGCACGGGAAGACGGUUUUUAACGUUUGGUGCCGGAGUGGGGUCCUGGAGAAGAUGCUGAAGGACCGGCAGGAAGGCUGCCAGUCUAAACCCUCCUGUUACGUGACCUGCCCCACCACCUCUUUCACGGAUUUGGCUGAAAUCGUCUCCCGAAUUGAACCGGUGAAGGCCAUCCUUGUGGACGACGAAUCCGACUACCAGACCGAAUACGAAGAGGAGGUUUUUGACAGCCAGAAGGACGACUACGUCAGUUUCCUGACCAGCGAGACGGAAAUAUAUACGGAUUCCCAGGAUCAAGAAAUCCGGCUAAGGCGGCCUGUCCGUGGCGACUCGGAAGACAGCCAACUGGCAGCCUAA